AUGCCUCCGCAGCAGGUCGACGACAGCUUCGCCGACAUCCACUACUUCAUCUCCCCGCCGGCGCAGAAACCACCCCACCACCGCUUCGACAAAGGCUCCUAUGUCUACCUCUACCACAACCCCAUCCGCCAGACUGGUCGCAUAGAGAUCGCAAACCACGCGGGCACCCCGGACCAAGACGCCUUUGCUGGCCAGCUGGACACGGUCCGCGUCGAGCACACGUUCAAGCACUCUUGCUUGUUCACCCUGACCGUCGACGGCUUCCGGGGCCAAAAUGGCAGCCCUGCGCCGAGCCCUCACCAGGACACUUCCCAAUGGCAUUUGCCAACCCUCGACCCGAGCAACCAAAGCAAAUACCUGUACAGACUGCAUACGCUAGACAUGUACUUCUGGACCCCGGAGGAUGCCAGUCUCUUCCAGGACUCGCUGCGGAGGGUGCUGCAACCGCAUCAGCUGCAGAUUGUCGGCAAUCCCAAUGCUGUUCCUCUGCACACCGAGCACAAGAACGAUGCGCUGAGCCCAGUGAUUGCCAGGCUCGAGAGCGCAGCCAUCUCGCAGUCCAGUCCAAGCCCGAGUCUCGCUGGCACACAGCCGUUCCCAGGACCACCUACCGCUCCAGCUUCGGCGUCGAGCACUCCGGCUGCACAACCGGGAUAUGCCCCCAUGGCCUACAAUCCGGCCGCACCUGCUGCACCAGAACCCAUUGCGCAUCGUGAAAAGACACCGCCGCCGCCCGAUGCCAACGACGGCACUGGUCUUGGGCAAGCUCCAUUGCAAGAUCACCAUGCAGCGCAGUAUGGCAAUCCCUUGCAGGCUUCGUUCGCACCCCAGCCCACGUCUGGUCCUUAUAAACCAGGCCCACCUACUGGCGGUAUAGGCUUCAGCGGACCUCCAAGCGUGCAGCGUACAAACACAUCAGGGUCGUUUCCCGGGCCUCCGCAGAGCCCACCGUCGUUCGCCCCGCCUCCAUCUGCCCCUCCGCCAACUCACUUCAAUGAACAGACUCCUCCGCCUGGCGUUCAGCGGACAUCGACCAUGCCGGCUCAGCAGUAUGCCAACUACCCUGCAUCACCUGGAUUCCCGCCUGGCAUACAGUCGCCAGCAGCUCAUGCAUCCUUACCUUCGCCUGGAUUCCCUUCGCAAUACCAGCCCAUGGCGUCACCCCCUCCUGGCGGUUAUACUCAAUUUCAGUAUGGCAGCACAAGUGCACAGGUUCCUGCGGCGAAUCCACAUGCCGUCAGCCAUGAAACGCAUCAACAGCUGUACCGUCCGAGUGAGCAAGAGGCUGCCAUUGUGGACAACACAAACCCCAACCCAGAGCCGCGCAACUCGAACCUUGGGAAAAGGGUGGAUAAAGUAGAAAAGGGCGUAGGGAGGUUUUUGAAGAAGCUGGACAAGAAGUUUUAGGCGAUAUUGAUUAUAUCAAUAUUUCAGAUUGUAGCGACUUAGCAAGCAUUACAUCAAG